GCGUUUUGCAUUUAACCUUAUUUACCGAUACGAGAUUUUCGUUUAAGCUCGGUUGAAAACGCGUCGUCCGUAGCAGAACUGAGUUUAGAAGAGGAAAUACAUUUAGCCAUUACCAACGUGCACAUUGCCAAAUAAUGUCGACUGUUUAUCCUCCGCAGCAUUCUGUGCUGCUUGUGAGCAGCGGUUACGACCAUACAAUUCGGUUUUGGGAGGCCCUGAGCGGGAUUUGCUCGCGUACUAUCCAACACGCCGAUUCUCAAGUCAACAGACUGGCCAUCUCUCCCGAUAAGCGGCUGUUGGCUGCUGCAGGCAAUCCCCAUGUACGACUGUACGACAUUAAUGGAAACAGCCAGAUGCCGAUUAUGACCUUUGAAGGACAUACAAACAACGUUACGUCUGUUUCUUUUCACUGUGAUGGAAAAUGGUUAGCUACGUCGAGUGAAGAUGGCACAGUGAAGAUUUGGGACAUGCGUAUCCCGUCCGUUCAACGAAAUUACGACCAUAAGUCGCCGGUGAAUGAUUUGGUCAUUCAUCCAAACCAGGGUGAAUUGCUCUCGUGUGACCAGAGCGGUCGUGUUCGUGCAUGGGACCUUGGAGAAAAUACAUGCACACACGAGCUUAUUCCCGAAGAGGAUGUACCCAUGCGGAGCGUUACCGUUGCCUCUGACGGAAGCAUGUUAAUUGCCGGUAAUAACAAGGGAAACUGUUAUGUUUGGCGCAUGCUGAAUCACCAAGACGUCUCUCUACUGCAACCCGUCAUCAAAUUCCAGGCACACAACCGGUACCUAACUCGGUGUGUCUUGUCACCGGAUGUAAAGCAUCUGGCCACCUGUUCAGCCGACACAACCGUCAACAUCUGGAGCACAGAAGACAUGUCGUUUAUGCUGGAGCGUCGUUUGCAGGGUCAUCAACGUUGGGUUUGGGACUGUGCGUUCUCGGCCGACUCGACAUACCUUGUUACCGCUUCUUCCGACCAUGUAACUCGACUUUGGGAGCUCACGAGCGGAGAGACAAUUCGGCAAUACUCUGGACACCACAAGGCAGCCGUCUGUGUUGCUCUUAACGAUUAUCAAAUCUAGUUUCGCCCUGCAAAAGUCCACGUUCCAUUCUCAGCAACAGCGACGACUGCGAGUCGCUUGAGCAACAGGCGACGCUACAGCGUCGCCUGUUGCUGCAGCCGUUACGGCUACAUUCAAGACAUAGAACGCACACAACAGCGCAUGAAUCUCGAUGUCGCGCGCCCUCCCGCCCUCGCAAUUGCUGUUUUCCUUCUCGUUCUCCUUCUGUCUUGCUCUCCUUCCUGCCCCCUCCUGGCCCCGCCUAACCCCCACUCCCAAUCUGCGCUCUUGGAUGACGUCAUGUUUUAACUGCGACUGUGCGACAAAAACCGCGCUCUCGCUUAUAAGCGAUGGCGAAACGAAUCUAUUUGAAGGAGAAGAGUGCCUGGGGCUCCUAACCAGAACCAACAUCUCUCGUUGUCCCCUGCACGCGU